AACAGUCCAAGCAUGGAGAAACUCCCGCCAGAAAAUGACUGACUCGACUCAGUGCACUCACUCCAGUCCCCACUUAACGAACCGAGCAUCAAAACACUGACAAAUUAAAUACUCUGUCUCUCUCUCUUUUUCCUUUUUCCCUCUUUCUUCUUUCCACACUCUUUCACUUUUCCUUUCUCCCUCUUUAUGCCAAGGUGCUUCUGAACAAAAGCAUUUUGCUUUAUCAACCCCUCAAUCGUCGGAGCUUAACUGGGCUUUGAUCUGUUGUGUGAAGUACCCUUUUCCGUUCUCCAUCCAAAGCUCUAGUCUUUCUUGGCUUUUCUAAUUUCCAUUUUUCUGGGAUUAGUUGAUCGUCCAAUGCUUUGCUGAGAAAUCACUGAAAUAAAAACUUGGCGGCCGCCCAAGAUUUCGAGAUAUGAUUUGCCUGAGACCCGAAGUCUUCGACGACGACGACGGCGACUCCUGCUUCUCUCCUCGCAAUAGCAGUAGUACGAGAAGCCAUGGCUUAGUGCUCCCUGUCGACUUGGGAGGUUCGAUACAGAGGUAUUUACGGAGAAGUGGCAGGUCAAAUUGUCGAAUGAGGAGCAAGUCGUUUUCUUCUGGCGAUGGAUGCUCGACUAAUUCUGAUUUCGAGGACAAAUGUAGCGGGCGAGAGAAAAGUGGGAAGCUUUACACUUACCGAUCCCAGCUCGAGCAAGAUAUUCAAAGAUUGCAAAAGGAGUUGGAGGAAGAGAUUCAGUUACACUUGACCCUGACAAAUGCUGUCGAACACUGUGAUCCUUCAUUAUCUGACCCAUCCAGCCAGCUUCCAGAUAAGGCCAAGGAUCUGUUAGGCGGUAUAACAUUGUUGGAGACAACGGUGGAAAAGCUUGAAAGGGAGUUAAUUGCCCUGCAACAACAGCUACAUCAAGAAAGGAAUGAGCGCCACCUUGCAGAAUACAAUCUAAGACAUUCUUCUUUCAGGGACUCAUCAGCAUCAGAGAUUUAUCCUAAUCUGACGCCUAUGUAUCCUAACGGUGGAGAGAAGAAAGAUGUGGAGAUUGGAUAUGUCAGUGGAUGGUUAGACGCGACCCAGAGGCCAAAUAAGUAUAUUCUGCAGGAGAACCUAUGGCAUCACCCUAACCAGCUGUCUGAAGAAAUGGUUUUGUGCAUGAGAGACAUUUUUAUCUCUCUAUCUGUGUCACCAAAAGACUCUUCAUCUCAAAACAUGGCUUCACCGGCUUCACCAAUGUGCCCACUCUCCUAUAACUCCGCUGCAUCUUCCUCAGACUCACCCUUAUGGACUUCACCAGCAAGGAGGUCCUCCGGCUGCGAUUUGGAAGGUAGUUAUGAUGUCUUUGCCACAGUUGAGACAUUUGAUCCUUACGGAUUUCCGGGUAAGCUGGAGUGGCCAGGAACUGUUGGAGCCUACAACACGGCAGUUCAAGUCUGUUCUCUGUCUGUUGGGAAGAAAGAACUUAUUUAUGCUGCCGGAGCCCUCAAAAGAUUCAGGUUCCUUGUGGAGCAGUUGGCCAAACUGGACCCAUCUAGCAUGAUGCACGACGAGAAGCUGGCUUUUUGGAUCAACUUGUAUAAUGCCUUGAUUAUGCAUGCAUAUUUAGCAUAUGGAAUUCCAAGAAGUGAUGUCAAAUUCUUUUCCUUGAUGCAGAAGGCCAUGUACACAGUUGGAGGGCAGUCAUUCAGUGCAGCUGAGAUUGAAUACAUCAUGCUCAAGAUGAAGCCUCCUUCUCAUCGCCCACACAUUGCUCUGUGCCUAGCUCUCCAUGAAUUCAAGGAACUCGAAGUGAAGGAAAUGUAUUCGAUUGAUCAACCGGAGCCUCUCCUUCCAUUCGCGCUAAGUUGUGGGACGCAUUCUUCACCUGCGGUCAGAAUCUUCAAGCCUGGAAAUGUGGCCGACUUGCUCAGGCGGUCAUUGAAGGACUACGUACGGGCAUCGGUCGGAAUUAGCAACAAAGGGAAGGUUAUAAUCCCGAAGCUGUUGCAUUCUUUCAUGAAAGAAAUCGGGGAGGAAGCAUCAAUGCCAGAGUGGAUCUGUCAAUUCCUCCCCGGAGAGGAGGCCAACAUGGUGAGAAAUUGUUCCUCCAAGAACAAGUGGAGGCUCCUCGGAAAUCGGAGUUUCACCGUCUCACCUUUCUCGCCAAGGUUUCGCUAUCUGUUUCUCUAGGAAGGGAGAAGCUCCUUCUGAUCACUGCGAGAUCCCGUCUUCAUUUUGGGGGUCGAGAGAGUUGGCAUCUAGGCCUUGGUUAGGGUAGACGAACUAGGAAUCAUUCAAGGUUUGAAUGAAAUGCGUUUCGAGGCGAGAAGCUGCGAGGAUGUACUAUUUUCUCUUGUUUGUUUGGUUCUGCAUCCUCAUACAGACUUACAACCAUGAUAUAGAUUUGCAGCUGCCAUUUUCUCU